AUGCAUGGGCUCCUUUUGGCCUGCCUGUGCAAGCUCUGGAUAAGGCCCACACCUAGCCGGAACCAGCCUUUAGGCAAGUGCUUGCGAUUGCCCUUCGCGGAUCUUCCACUUUCUGUGGUCAUUGCUGUCGGGAAUGUCGCUUCCCCUGGGCAGCCAAUUUUGCAAUGGCCUGCACCUCGCCGGAAACGUGCCCCGGCGCACCUCGAGCCGAAAACAUCGCGGACAAAGCGCGCGGGUCUCUGGCCAGUGCUGGCCUAUCUUCUGCUGGGAACAAGUGUGCAACUAUGCAGUGCUGCUCCUCAACCUGUUGAGGGCCAGCUCAUCACUGAGCUGGCACGGGCACACUUGCCUGUUGCGACAGGCUCGGGCCAGACCGAACAGGAUCCAGGCCCUGAUAAUGCACCCGGGGCCUUCGCAACGAACUCGAGCAGUCGAGCCGAGGCUGCUGAUGCCGAGAUCAACCAUGCCCAUGACAGUAAUGCUGUAGAGCAAGACCGGGUUGAGGUGCAUGGCCUCCUGCUUGCACAUGGCUAUCCCUCCAGGAUCGUGAGUGUUGCCUCAUCUUUUCCAGUAGGCAUGCAGGAGCUGACCACAGCCCUUUCGGAAAGGGUAAAGGAUGAGCCCAUCCCCUUUGAUUUUGAAGUCGUCCUUGCCAACCCACAACCUGCAGAGGGCUAUGUCACUGCUGUCCUUGCCCCCACGUGGCUACAGAGUAGCGAUAAAGUCCUAAUUGUGCUGGACUUCUCUGCCUGGAGCGGGCCAGUUUAUGCCCUCAUUACAUGGGCCCGUGUGACCGAGGCUGACCUCCGUGAACACAUCGAUCUGCACGCCGAUGAACCGUGUGCGAUCUUUUGUGCAGGGCACAACGCCCCAAUCAGGGCAGGCGGAGAGGUUGUAGCUUCAGGUACUGUAUUCAGGUUUGUUAGGUUGCAUAGUGACCCCGGUUGGGGUGAGCAUGCUGCCUCGAGCCUUCAGAACCGAGCUUUCCUCACGGAGGACUUCCGCUACAUGUGGCGCGAAGUAGACAGUGAUUCAUGGUGCAUCCUUGCGGAGCAUGUCACCCGCACUGUUUUGCAUCAGGGCCGCUUUGAUGAGGAACUUCAGUUGCAUGCUGCGAGUGCCAUGAAUCACCGUGUUGAGCAUCUGGCCUUUCAUGCCUUGCCAUACGACCGCCCUACGUUCAAGCUUGUUCAGAAUGGCGCCCUCCUCCCGGGCAUUGUUGCUGCCGCGCGUCAGCAGAAUGAUGCUAUAGGAAGCACGGGCGCAGGCAAGUUUGUUUUCUUUGACUGCCGGCCGGCGGGCGGUUGGAUCCAGUUCUUGUUUACGUGUAGGGACGUCAUACCUGGCAACGCGCUCUUGCAAUACUUGGGAGUCAACGGUGAUGCCGUCCAAGCAGGUGAUAUCCAGGUCCUUGAUGGUGCGGUUGUUACUGUUACCUUCGUGCGGAACAGCGAUUCUUCUCCGAGAGAGCACCGACCAAGCGGACGCCCCAAUACCAGCACUGAGGGCCGUGCUACAGCAGCCUCCGAUGAGCCAGCCUCUGCCGCGUGCAGCGAGGUGUUUCACCACACCAUCUCGCUGACACCCGAGACAGAUUACUGCAAUGCCAUGCCCAGAUCGGGGGAUUAUCAGACCGAGCCAGCAGUACCGAGUGAUGGGUGCGAUAUCUUCAGUGUGAUUCGCUUGUGUGCCGCAGUGCAUGCCCCAAGGUAUCAGGCUGAAGUUGUGAAGGUCGAACUCUCGCUUCCAUACGAUGUUGAGGAUCUGCUUAGUGCAGUGCAGGAAGGGCGGCAAUCUCCAUGGACCUUUGCUCUCGACUCGUUAAUCCCUGUUGAGCCACAGCCCGACCCGAGCCAUGUCAGCUUGAUCGCUGUCCCGGAAUGGGCAGCCGCCCACCCCUUUGUCCUGAUUGAUACCAGGUCUGUAGACGGACGGCUCUUCUGUUGCGAGGUACCAGGCUCAUUGAACAGAGAAGAUUUCCUCAAGCUUGUCGGCUUGGAGGCUCAGGACAGCCUUGAAGUGUUCCUUGCGGGAAAUCGCUGGCCACAACAUGCUGUCGUUGACAUAGGGAUAGCCUCCUUGAUCUCUGUUCAGCAGCCUGCGCUGCCAGCUCCCUCUAGCCGGAGUCUGGAUCAGAUGAUCUCAUCACAGACAGAGUGGAGUGCAUCCUGCACUCCACCCUCGGGACCUCGUUCAUCGGUGUUCUGGGUUGGGCAUGAUGCCGGCUUCAGUGUUCUUGCAUAUCGGCCGGGUGCAGAUGCAUCCGCAGCUGAUUUUGUCGCCAAAGCUGCGCGUGCUCUAGGACACCAGGUUGGGCGCAGCACACUUUGCACUGCUAGCGCCCGCAUAGCGAAUUAUGACUAUAUGGGUCAGCACUGUCGCGCAGCUGUUGUAGUCACCGAGCAAAGUAUUGUCACCGAUGUUGGGCCGGACCGCGAUGGCAGACUAAGGCAAGCAGUCUUCUUCGAUCGCCGUGCCAUCCUACUUGAGCCCAUGUGGGUGCUUGUCGAAGGUGGAUGCCUCAACUUUGACAGCCUAGUUGCCGAGUAUGAGCACCUCAUUCCCGGGGGCUUUUCGCUUCUCAUCAAAGGAGGCCGGCAUGAAAUGCACGAAGGUACCACCCAGAGGCUCGGUUAUUGA